AUGAAGCCCAUUACCGGCAAGAUACCAGGCUACGCGCUCGCAUCAACAUUCGUGGCCCUCGGUGGUAUACUGAAUGGAUUCGACACAGGCUCCGUCGGCGCCGUCACUGAGAUGCCAUUCUUCACCCACACAUUCGGUCACCUCACGCCUACCAUGCGCGGCUUCACCGUCUCUCUAAUCAUGCUCUGCGGCGCUAUCCCAGCAACAGUCGCCGGAUAUCUCGCCGACCGCUUCGGUCGCCUCCGCAUCAUCAUCGUCGGCGCAAUUCUGUUUACUAUCGGCUGCGUGCUCGAAUGCGCUGCCUCCCAUCUCAGUCUCUUCCUCGUCGGCCGCGCAAUAGUGGGAAUCGGUCAGGGUUUCGCGCUCACCAAUAUCGGAGUGUAUAUCUGUGAGAUUGCGCCCAGUCGGAAUCGUGGUAAGUUUGUGUCGCUUCCGCAAUUCGGCGCUGCGCUGGGGGUUUGCGUUGGGUAUUUCUCGUGCUAUGGAAGUAUACACAUCAAUGGCAAUAUGUCAUGGCGGCUGCCGUACAUACUGCAAGCCGCGCUGUCCAUGGUUUGGGCUGCGGGGUCCUUCUUUCUGCCUGAGAGUCCGCGGUGGCUUAUUCUGCAUGGGCAAAGACUUCGAGCGAUGCAAGAGCUCAAGAAGCUGGACUUCGAGGCAGUGGAGGCGGAGAAGGACGUCUUGCGCCCCACGGAUAAUGCCAGCCCGGAAGAGCAAGUCGGCAUACUGCAGGGCCUGCGCUUGAUCUUCAAGCGCGAAUACCGAUCACAGACGUGGCUCGCAGUGUUCAUCCUGUCGUUCGUUCAGUUGAGCGGCAUCGACGGCGUCCUUUACGUAUGUUCCCCCCAUCCGAAGGCCCGCACCUGCUUUAACAAGCUGACACCUCUUCGCAGUACGCCCCGACCAUCUUCGCUCAAGCCGGAAUCCCCACGCAAACAGCCUCUUUCCUCUCGUCUGGUGUCUCCGCCAUCCUCAUGCUCGCCUUCAGCAUUCCCGCCACACUCUUCGCCGACAAAUGGGGUCGUCGCACGUCCGCCAUCUGCGGCGGCGUCAUCCUCUCGGGGACUAUGCUUCCAAUUCGGAUCUCUGUACGCCGCGAACGUCGUGCAUUCAGAUGGCGCAGCGCGCUGGGUUGUGAUCGUGUCGGUCUUCGUCUUCGCCAUCGGAUACGUCUCGACAUGGGCCAUCGUAGGCAAGAUUUACGCAUCUGAGAUUCAGCCCACAAAGACGCGUGCGACCACGAAUUCAAUGGCCACGGGUGGUAGCUUUGUAAGUCGCGUCUUUACCUCUUCCUCCACGGUUCAUCACGGCCCCGACUGA